UGGAAUUUUGGAUUCAUUCUAUAUAAUUUACAUAUUAUGCACAAUUUUCAAGUUUUCUUCUUUCUGCAUUGUGUGCUAAUUUUGAAGAAAAGAUAAAUUAAUGAUCAUAAGUUUAGUGAACAAUUAGGUAGAAUAACCAAGACACACAAACAAUGGGAAUAUCACUUCAACAGUGGCGGGCUAAAAUCGGAACAUUUUCCAAGCAGUUAAUCAAGAAUAAAGCUGUUUUGGGUUCAAGAAUUCUUCAGCUGCAAGGACUGUCCUUGUCCAUAAGGAUAUUUCUGUUCUUUAUUCUUCUUGCCCAGUGUGUGGAGCCCAAUCCAGGGCCUUCUAAGCUGAGGAAAAUGGGCUCCCAUCCUCAGCUGUUCUUAUCAUUGUACAAUAGUGAUCUACAACCCAACCAAGAGGCGCUGAACGAGGCCCUGCCUGGGUACAGCAACCAUAAAAUGUGGCAAUUAAAGGAAGAGGAAAAUGAUGGAUUCUUAGCUCAAAAACCCUUUGUACAAGACAGAAUGUUUGCUGAUAAAAAGCAGACCCGGGACAUAAAAAGAGAUCAGCACAAGCAAAUGGCAGAACAGAGGCAGACACAGAAGCGGGCACAAAAGACAGCACCCCCUUGGAAGGAAAGAGACCGGCAACCAACUAAACACUAUGGCGGUUUGGGUGAUAGAAAAGUUGCUUAUAAAGAAGAAGCGAGUGAUUAUCAAUGGGAUUCGGAAGAUGAUGAAUUUGAUGAACCUGAUGACAUAGAAGAAAUAAAUGUCAAGGAUCUGGGAGUAGAAGUUUCAAGGCAGCUAUGUAAAGUGAUGGAGGGAAUAGGAGUAUCCGAAGAAAUGGUGAAGAGGCGAAGGAUGACACACCUAGUAAGGGAGAGGGUUCAGACAGACUACAGUAGAAUACUACAUGCGAAGAAUGUUGAAUGGUUUUACUUCGGAAGUCAAAGUGAGGGGUCCACAACUAUGGGCAUGGAGUCAGACACUGACAUGAUGGUUUUUGAUUAUGACUGUCCAGUGGUGCUUCAAGUUCCUGAGAAAGACCCAGAAAAAGUGUUUCUGCUGGCAAUCAAAACUGAAGACAUGCCGGCACAGCAUUGCUACCUUCAGAUGUUUUAUCCUGGUACUAGAAAACCUGUUACUGAGGAUUUUGUUCAUAGAAAUCCAGAUGUAGCGGAAUAUCAUGAUGGCAAAGUGCUUCUCAAAAACACAUGGGAAAAUAAAAGGCUACGUAGACUUUGGGGAGAAGAGUACUUUCAGCAACAGGGGCCAUCCAGAAGUGGAUGGAAGGAUGUUGAUGUAGUCUCCUCCUUCAACUGUGCAGAACUGCCUGCUGUGUGUAAAUAUCUUUUUGAAAGAGAGCGCCCGGGUCACUGGCCAAGACCCGAGGUUCUGAAAAAAGCGAAGACCCUUGGCACCACUGUUAUGCCACAGGGAUUUCCAGGAAGCUCCAAUAAAGAUAUUGAAUGGCGAUUUUCUACUUCUAAGACAGAAAGGCUGCUGAUGUUUGAUUUGAAUAUUGUUCAAUUGAGAACAUACACCUUGCUCAAACUAAUACGAAAGUCCAGAUUUGCAGAGCAUGUACAAGACCGGUUGAGCUCUUUCCAUAUAAAAACUGCUGUACUAUUCACUGUAGAAAAAUACCCAUCUGACAAAUGGCAGGAUGAUAAUAUUACAGAAUGUGUUCUGCAUUGUCUAAGAACACUGCAGGACUUCUUAAAAAGUCGGACAUGUCCACAUUAUACAAUCAGGGGAGUAAACCUUUUUGCAGGAAAACUAUCAACCCAAGAACAACAAAAACUUGAAGGGAUGAUAUCUGACAUGUUGAAUAAUCCAAUGGCUAUCUUUAUAGGUAUACGUCAUGACAGAAUUCAAACGAGACUAAUGAACAUUGAAAAAAACGACUCAGUAAAUGAAACUGCUCAAUACUGCCUUGAAAAAUAUGCGGCUAUGUACAAAAGCGUUGAAGUGAAAAAGGGAUUUGUAAGUGUCAUAAAAUGCGAUCCAGAAAAUGACAAACUUCAUGAAAUUUCUGAAGAAAUUAAGAACAUUAUGUCUAUCAUUUUCAAUGAUAAAAUACCAAACAAAGUUCUCAAGGAAAUCCUGAAGCUGAGGUGCUGUUUCCUUGGGUCAGUAAGAGCAUCCUUUUACAUUGGAAAUAAGUGGAAAUUCCCUGACGAUAUUAACAUCCCGUAUGCUGUAUCCCUUGAUGCCGACCUGACAUCAUGCAGACUUAAGUUUGCAUCCAUGUUAUACUGCAGUGGGCAAUUAAAACUUGCUGAACAAGUCCUGGCACAUGUUGAAAGCCUGCUACAUCCGAAUGUGUGGCAGUGUUGUGGGUGUGGAAAAGAACUCCAACCAGAAUUGGACCCCCCUGAUGGACUGAAGAAAGAGAUCAUGAACUUGCAUAAACAUGAUAUUGAAACAUGUAUUCAAGAAAUAGGACCAACCAACUUACAUGGGGAUGAUAAUGAGCCACAUAUUCCAAAAAUGGAAUCACCCAUCUUACCUGCACAUGAUACUGGGUCAGAACCAACCACCAUGCCUGUAGCCAGACUACCUAUGACAGAAAUGCAAGGUAGUUUAGAUAUUCCAGAGAUCGAUCUAUUCAAGUCCAAUGUUGCUUUAAGUGUAAGGUUUAACACACUUGAAAUACACUGUGUGCCACAACAUUUGGUUGAGUUUGUCACUCCAAUAAUUCAACCGGUCAAACCACUGGAUGACUGGCUGAGUGACAUCAUUGUUGAUUCCAUUCCGUUCCUACAUUACCUGCAGUAUCUAACAUAUUGGAAGCUUAUUGACGAGGAUUUCGAAAACACUGAACAUGAGGAUCUAUGCAGAAAGAAACAAGCAGCUUUAGACAAACUAUCUCACUAUGUGUCUGAAGAGAUUGAAGGUCCAAUGAGAAGGGGUGAAGGAAAGAAAGGGCAUACUGAUACAGCAUUUAGUAUGCUUAGCCACUGUCACAGGCUGGAAGGAAACAGAACAUUGUACAGGAGGUACAAAUUUAGCUCUGGAGACCAUAGUUGAUUUCA